UGAUUGCUGGCUGUCUAAUGCUUAUCGCAGCAAAGCUUUUCUAAGUGCCUUUGUGAAUGUGUUGUAUGAAACUAUGUGCUUGAGUAUGUGUGUAUUUUUUCUGCAUAUUUGUGUAUAUAUAUAUGUACAUACAUACCCAGUCCGAGUGCAUUUCAUAAAAAUUUGCAAAACACUCUUGGGAAUAUGUGCUUGUAAAUCACUCCAUAACCAAACAAUGUAAAAAAAUGCAAACGAAAAAACCAUGUAGAAAUGCUAUUUUGCAUACUCUCCAAAUUUCAAGUUCAACUGAGAGAAUGAGCGAGAGAGACGUACGAGUAUGUGUGAUCAUCUAACGCAUUGUUGAGUGCUGCUUCUCUCUCUCUCUCUCUCCCUUUCUCUUUCAUUCGCCUUAAGGCAUCAUUAACUAGCUUCAGCUAAGCCGGCGUCUUAUUCAACAAACGCAAAGACCGAGAAUCAAAACAAAAAAGAAAAUGAGCAAAAAAAACUUUAAAUUUCAAGUUUAGAUGAGAGAGUUAGAAUGAGCGAGAUAGUGCAACAACAAAGGUGCUAUGCGCUCUCUGUAUGUGCAGUAAUCGUAUAAGUUUCUCUCCCUCUUAUAUUAUGACUUCACUAACUCGUUCCAGCUAAGCUGGCCUCUCAGCUGUUAUGAAGUCAUGGAAAUUUUAGUUGAAUGGCAAACGAAAUUCCUAUAAAAGCGCAGUGGCAAAUAGGUGAAAACUUACUUCAUAAGGUGCCGUUAUAUAGUACAUGGUCAAGGAUUACAGCGGGUUCGAAAAACUGAUGAAUAAACCUGACCAGCUUUCAUCUACUGUCCGGAAACUUCUUUAAACUGAAGGGCAGCAGAUCGUGGCGCAAGUUCAAAAUGAUCCAACUGAAAUUAAGAUGAAGCCCACUACCUAUUCCGUGGAGGUGCAUAAUAUACUUCUAUCUGACCACGAAGGAGAUCUAAAUACCCACAAGAUGAAUCUCCGUUGAUAUGAGUUUUACACAUCCAGCUUAUGAGCUUAUGAACCACAAUCAACUGGCUAUUCGCCUGGCAGCUGACCGCAAGUUAAGUGUUAUCAAAAAGUCUUUCAACUCUGAUCUACUCCGAAACGCUCGCUGCUCGUCGCUGGCAACCGAGUGUUGCUCGAAGCAGUUAACAUGGAGCCGCAGACGCUACAGAUCAAACUGCUGCCCGCCCGGACAGCGGAUGAGCGCGCCCGCAACAUAAUAGCCAAUGUAAUUGUCGAGGGCCAACAGGCAUCCUUGGUGCCGUACAUCGAUGAUCAUGAUGUGGGUCAGCCGCUUGAGAAGACUACGCUCAGCUCACAGCUGCUGGCGGCAACACCAGCUGCCGCACAGCCGGCUCGCUUGCGCUACUUUAAACCAGGUCCGUCCACGUACAAGCUGCUGUGCCCGCUGUGCCGCGAGAGAAGCGAUGCGGCUGUGAUGCGUGCCGCCGGCUGCAAGGACAUUAGCUGCUGCCUGAGCCUGCUUAGCUGCGUGUUUCCCAUUUUCUGGAUUUGCUGUAUUUGCACCUGGUGCGGCUGCAAUCGCGAGUGGAUCACCAAGGGCGUCUACUGCAGCCACUGCGGCGGCAAGCUGGGCAUUCAGACUCGUUCCGAUUAGGUCAAUUAAAAUAUGCUAUAAAUGUCACGCAUAGUUUGUUUUAAUUCUAUUACGCAGCUAACUCAAUUAAAAUACGCUCGCUCGUUCGC